AUGGCAGAGAAGGCCACACGGUACAUGUUGUACGCCCCGCCCGGUUGGGCUCUGUCCCUGUUGCUCUUCCUUUAUUGGGGCCACUACUCCUACCACACCUUUGUGAAGGGCGCGGUUUUUGAUGGCGUCACAGAUGAAGAGGCCAAAAAUGUGAAACACCUAACCCACGAGGUAGAGUUACAGAUAUAUAGCCAACACACACCUAACUGCAUAGCCCUGUUUUGCAACAACAAGGAAGUGACAUGCAAAGAUGUGUAUAAAGAAUUCGUGAAGGCAGCAAAUGAGAUAGCCAGUGAUGAUAUAGCAUUCGUCUAUGUGGACACAAUUCCACUGAAAAAAACGGCAGACAAUUUUGACAUAAAAAAUGUCCCGAAAAUUUUAACCUUUAAAGAUUUCGAUCCAGAAAAAGGAUAUACCUUUGGGAAAAAAUAUACAAAGGAAAACAUCAUAGAGUGGUUUAAACUACUUCCUAUGCCAUCUAUAGAAGUGAUGGAAAAAGAUCAUGUUGGGAAAUAUGUAGAAAUGCAAAAGAAAAAAGGGUAUGCUAGUAUUAUUGCUUUUUGUGUACAAAAUUCUGACCAUGUUCAUAAGUUUUUUCAUUUUGGAGAAACACAUUCACUGGCUAACUUAGCCGUGGGGAUGGUGUACAUCGAUCAGGAGGCGGACACAAAAAUUGAAAUAAGCAACGGACCCGGGGCUACCAUUCCAGAUGGCAACACAAAGUAUAACGAUUUAUACAAACCGGACAACAACGUUUGGGUGUCUAGUGAUAUCCUCACAUUCGCUAGUGAGUAUAUGGCACAGUUCCCCGUUAUUAUUAAUUAUAAGAGGUCUUUGUACAAAGCGCAGAAGGGCGAAAUUUAUGUCUACCUGUACAGCCACUUUGGGCACUACUCGGAUGCACUAUAUGUGGAAUUGGCCCCCGUCAUACGAGAGCACCACCCACAGCUCCGGUUCGUCUUCCCCAAGAGCGAAGAAGUGACCGAAUUGCUAGGCACCGACAAAGGCGGCAAUUUCAUCCUCGUGGUGGACUACAGAGACGCAACUGUGGAUGUCCUCUACGGAUUACUGAGGCCAAAGAAAUACAUAAAGCAGCUGGAGAGUGAAAAAAUAAAUGCGGAAAAUCUUUCCCAAGUUAUUACCCAAUUUUAUCACAACGAACUUGCUCAAAUAAAAAAAUCAGAAAAGGAAGUAAAAAGAAGAGAGCAAGAAAAGUACCAAAUUGUAUGUGCCAAUAAUUUCGAUACAUUUGUGUUGGAUCCGGAGAAGAUCGUUUUACUUUUUUACCAUGUAGAGGGAUGCAAGGAAUGCAAACCCCUUUUUUCUUUUUGGUCCCGUGUGGCCAAUUUUUUUCACUUGGAAAAUAAAUAUAAAAACGUCUUGGUGGCCACCAUGGAUGCCAAGCUGAACGACAUGACUGAUGAGUCGGUGGACUUUUACCCCAGCGUGGCCAUUUACCCCACGGGCCUAGACAAACUGAAAAGGAAAAAAUUUCUUCUCUUCCCCCUCAAGUUGGACACGCUGAUCGAUAUCGUGGACGAGCUGUUGGACGUGGAUGAGGACCUCUGA